AUUCAGCCAAGCAGAAAAAUUGGUAGUUAUUGGUCAGCUCCCGAAAAUGAUUACCAAGAAAAUGAGAUUGGCUUUGAAAGUGAUGAUGAGUUUGAUCAGGCUGGUUCUUCGCCUUUUACUUGUUGCUGGUCUGCUCCAGAAUUUGUCGCUGAUAAUGAUCAGCAAACAUUUGAUGAGGUUUCAAGCUCAGAUGAUGCUUCCUUCACUGUAGCAAAACUCAUGGCAACAAAUGAAGCCUCUCAAGCUAAGUCUUGCGUUGAUUUAAUGGAAUAUGACGAACCAAUGCGUAAUAGCAUUUUGGAUUUUGAUGGUCAAGUAGUUCAACAAACUACUAAUUUAAUCAACCUAAAUUUAGCAUCAAAUAAAUUUUGUCCACGAGCAAUAUCCGAGAAUGAUUCGCUUUAUCUCUAUGAUGCUAGUCCAUCACCUCAUCGGGAGGAGGAAGAAAUAGGCUUUGCAGAUGAACUUGCAAAAGUUGAAGAGUGUGUUAACAAGUGGACACCAGAAGGAGUUAUUAAUUUUGCUAAAGAAAUUUCACGUGAAAAUGCAGAAACUUAUCAAAAAUCUUGGGAAAGUCAUCAACAACAAACAAAUACUGUUAUGAAUGUGUCAAAAUCACUUGGAAGCUUGAAUUUAUGGGAAACUGAUAUUGGUUGGGUAACAAGAUUUUCAUCUAAUGUGGAUCAUAGCGGGCUGGUUAUGCGCCAGAGUAUUAGUUGCCAAGAACAAAUGAUUCAAUCAUACGUUGAUUCUGCCAUACAAAAUCACUAUAACAGAUGUUCUUCGCCAGAUUGUCAUAAAUAUGCAUCUAAACCAGAAGUAGUAGGACAAUCGAUGCUUAGUGAAAGCGAUAUAUCAGAUGAUGAAUGGAUUCCAUGUACUAAUGAAGGAAAGUUAGAAGAAAAUCUUGUGAAAAAUUCAACAGAAAAUGAUGCAAACACUAAAGUACCCGCUACUUUGUAUUUUCCCAAUAAUAAUAGCAACAACAUUUAUACUACAUAUCCAAGUGAUCAAAAUCUACAAGAUCUCAGUGCAGAGAAGAUUAGUAGUAGUGAUGAUGAUGAUAUUCAAGUAUCCUAUGAAAAUAUUGCAAAGAAGUCUCCAGAUGAAACCGUAUUUUCACGUCUCAGUACUAAAAACAUAACUGAUUAUGGUAUCACAAGCAGUGAGAAUACAACGAAAAGUCAAAAAGAAGAACCUUUGUCUUAUCGACCGAUUUCAUCUUCGCCGAAUAUUCUUGAUUCAAUUCCACGUCGAGCAUAUUCUUUAGAAAGUUUUGACCAUAUACCAGAAACCAUCCCAAGGAUUGAAAAUCAACUACAAAACUUUACAGUCAAAGCUACUGAAAUUGAUGACGAGCGGCAUUUUGUUGAAAUUUAUAAUCUACCGCGAAAUCAUUCUACCACAACACACCCAAUCAAUAAUGAAUCUGGCAUAUAUGAAAGUCAUGAGAAUAUAUAUAUGAAAAAUUUUGACUCAAAUGAAAAGAAAAAGUUAUUGGACUUCUAUGGAUUUACAUUUGAUGUCAAGAAGUCGAACAUUACAGAUAAUAAUGGCGUUCCGCCUACUUUAAAUCCAAAUUUUGAGGAGAAUUAUGAAGCGAGUAAGCUGUCUAUGGUUUUAUUCAAAGGGUAG